AUGGAUAUAGACAAGAUCUUACAUUCCUAUGGUAAAACCUUGAAAGACUAUCCUCCUAUGCCUUUAGCAACUGAAGUUGAUAGUUCUUUAUUAACCAAAAGGGUUAUCAAGGAAGAGCUAAACUUUAACAGGGAUGAUUUAAAGAAAAAUGCUUCAGACAUGUUAGCCAUCGCAACACCUAAGCAGAAAUAUUAUGAUGAAAUUGUUACAACUGUGUAUUAUGAUGAAAGAAACCUUAUGUCUGUUGAGAUUCGCUUAAGGGGUGAUAUUGUGUUAAAUAUUGCUUCAAGUGGUAUUGCAUCUUUACUUCUUCCCAAUGGAAGAACGGCACACUCAAGGUUCAAAAUACCGCUGAAUAUAACUAAGGAUUUUGUAUGUAACAUCAAACCUGGUUCCUCUCAAGUAAUGCUGUUGUUGAAAGCCAAACUUAUAAUUUGGGAUGAGACUCCAAUGGUUAUUAGGUACUGCUAUAAAACGCUCGAUAAAAGCUUAGGUGAUAUCAUGAGAUUUUCUCCAACAUAUAACAAAGAUUUUUCCUUUGGAGGAAAAGUGGUUGUACUAGGUGAAGACUUAAACAAAUUCUUUCUAUCAUUUCACGAGGAUCGGGACUAA